AUGGAAUUUGAAAAUGAGCACAUUGUGAUGCUGCCAUUCAUGGCUCAAGGCCAUAUCAUACCAUUUCUAGCACUUGCAAAGCAAAUCCAUCAAAGAACAAACUUCACCAUCACCAUUGCCACAACCCCCCCCAACAUCCAGUCCCUCCAAUCCACCAUUGCUACCUCAUCAAACAACAACACCAUCAACUUGGCUAAGCUUUCAUUUUGUAGCACAGACCAUGGCUUGCUCCCAAACACUGAAACCCCAAAGAACUUGCCUCUCAGCAAACAGAUCAAUCUUUUGGCUGCUUCUGUCAGCCUUGAAGUUCCUGCUCGCCGCUUAAUCUCCGACAUCAUGGAAAAGGAAGGUCGCCUGCCGCUUUGCAUAAUCUCUGAUGUGUUUUUCGGAUGGGCUAAUGAUGUUGCAGACAGCUUAGGCACUGUCAAUGUGAGCUUCACCACAGGUGGUGCUUAUGGAACAGCAGACUCCACCUCCAUUUGGCUCAACCUUCCACACCGCUCUACAGAGGAGGACUUCUUCAUAAUAGCUGACCAGCCUCGUCAGCAAUAG